AUGGCGCGCGGCUCUCAGGCGGUGGGUGUCCCCGCUGCGGGCAACAUCGGUCGUCUGGAGGAAGGCGGACCCCAGCGCCCAUUGCCCCUGUUCCGGUCCUCCGGGGCCCGCUCGUUUCUACUCGGUUCUGUGCUUCCUCGUGGGAGGAGUUUGAGGGCGCACAUCGCAAGGAUGUCUGCGGUCCGUCCCGGCUCGGCGGCCCCUGUCUUCGUUGCUAUGCCCCCUGUCUUGUACGAAGGGUAUCCGCGCCGUUCGUUGUCCUCCGGGGCGGGUCUGUGCCCCUCCUCGGCCCCUUGCGUCGCGGCUGGGCACUACUCGGCCAGGCGUGCGGGGCCCCGCUUUGCACCCGCAAUUCGUCUCUUUCCCACCUUGUCCCUUGAACCCCUGCUUCUAACCACGCCCUGGUUGUUCGGCUUUUCCCCCAUUUUGGCCGCGUGCUCUGUGACGAAUCUAUGUCCCUCUUUUCCUGUGUUGCCUCCCCAUGCCUGUCUCCCCUUCGCUUACGUGUUGCAUGGUCUGUGGUGUACCCGUCUUUGUAGUUGUCACGCCAACCUUGUGUUGUCCUUCUGGCUCUUGGCUUGCCCGCCAUGA